GGCUAGGGCGGAGUGGGGAGGGGCAUUGCGUAUCGCGUCAUCCAAAGGAGGCCGACUGUGGCUGCGCUGCGGCCGGACUCAGGUAUAAUUGCAGCGUGGCCUCAAAACAACAGCAGCUUCAUAGCUUUGUUCUGGUCUGUUUUGGAGUGAGCUUCUCAUGUUCCCAUCUCUACCAUGUUGCUGUACAGUUUUCCAGAGGUGAUGAAAGUGACCCGUUGUGGCAUUCUGCACUCCAGGUUACUGCCAUGCCUAGUUAGAAGUAAACCGAGGUUUUUGUGUACUGUGCCACAAACCAAACGGCAAAGGCGAGUUGUGAUCACUGGUAUUGGAUUAAUAACGCCUCUUGGGGUUGGAACUCAGUUGGUGUGGGAUCGCCUCAUCCAGGGACAAUGUGGCAUUGUUUCACUGCAGGGUGAAGAGUAUAAGAAUAUCCCUUGCAAAGUUGCUGCCUAUGUGCCCAAAGGGUCUGGUGAAGGUCAUUUUAAUGAAGAAAACUUUGUGUCCAGAUCAGAGGCUAAAUCCAUGUCCUUUCCCACCGUCUUGGCCAUUGGAGCAGCAGAGCUAGCAAUCAAAGAUUCUGGUUGGCACCCUCAAUCAGAAGCCGAUCAAAGGAAUGCUGGUGUAGCUAUUGGUAUGGGAAUGGUUCCCCUGGAAGUGAUUUCUGACACAGCUGUGAUGUUUCAGACAAAAGGAUACAACAAAGUCAGCCCCUUUUUUGUCCCUAAGAUCCUGGUUAACAUGGCAGCCGGUCAAGUCAGCAUCCGUCACCAGCUCAAAGGACCCAAUCAUGCUGUAUCAACUGCCUGCACCACGGGAGCACAUGCUUUGGGAGAUUCUUUUAGAUUUAUUGUGCAUGGAGAUGCCGAUGUGAUGGUGGCUGGAGGAGCAGACGCCUGCAUCAGCUCCUUGUCUCUGGCUGGAUUUUCCAGGGCUCGGGCUCUGAGCACAAGCUCCGAUCCCAAGUUGGCGUGCCGCCCGUUCCAUCCGAAGAGAGACGGCUUUGUGAUGGGAGAGGGAGCUGCUAUCCUGGUGCUGGAAGAGUAUGAACACGCUAUUCGGAGAGGAGCCAGGAUCUAUGCAGAAAUCUUGGGCUAUGGACUUUCAGGGGAUGCCAGCCACAUAACAGCACCCGAUCCAGAAGGAGCAGGGGCUGUAAGAUGUAUGGCUGCUGCGAUCAGAGAUGCAGGCAUCGCCCCUGAAGAUGUGUCCUAUGUCAAUGCACACGCGACUUCCACGCCUCUAGGAGACGCUGCUGAAAACAAGGCCAUCAAACAACUCUUUAAAGAGCACGCUCAUUCGCUUUCAGUGUCCUCCACCAAGGGAGCAACGGGACAUUUGUUAGGAGCGGCCGGAGCAGCAGAAGCUGCUUUUACCGCCCUGGCUUGUUACCAUAGAACACUGCCACCCACCCUCAACUUGGACUGCUUGGAGCCCGAGUUUGACCUCAAUUAUGUCCCACUGACAGCCCAGGAAUGGAAGACGAGAGGUAGACGCAUCGGAUUGACCAACUCCUUUGGCUUUGGUGGGACGAAUGCGACCCUCUGUAUUUCUAGCAUGUAGUAUGUGUGUUUUGUUUGUACGUGAACACUGAUGCAUGAUGCCAAUGACGACCAGUUGGGUAAAGAAAUAAUAUACAUAUGUGGGUAAGCAUGUGGAGUCUUUUCUUGAUGUUUCUGAUUUGGGGACUUUUUGGUACCACAUUUCAAACACCUACAGGUACCCUUUUAUAUUUCAUCUUCCGUCUUAAUUUUCCUUACUUUGAGCUGAAAUCUGCAUCCAUGAAACUACUACUCAUUGACUCUAUCUUCUGUCUUCUGGAGCCCCCAGCAUAAGACUCAGCCCUUUCCUGUGGACUAGCUGUGUCAAUAUUUAAAGACAACUGUCUUGAUCUCCUUAGAUUUUCUUUAUUCUUCCCCAGCUAUUGUAUGUUCUCCAUGAGGUUAACAAUGGGGUCUUUAAUCCCAAAUUUGCUCCUGGAAAGAUGAUAUCAAAUUAAACAGAAUGGUAUGGCAAUUUAAUUCCCUGGGAGCUACUUCCUAAUGUGUU